CAUAUAGCUACGUAGCGCAAGGGAUCGAUUAGAAAUGCAAAUGCUUGCCCAUAUUUCGGCUUCACUUUCUCAUGCCUCUGCUUCUUCCCGCACCGCUGCCGCCCUGUACUUGCGCUUCUCCCCUCAAUAUCCCCGCCGCCGAAUCCCCUACAGGCCGCUUCAACUGCACUGCCGCCCGUUGUUCUCCUCGCCAAUGGACUCGUCUCCUUCCACCGCUGCAGAUGAUUUAAGGAAACUGAGUUUGGAUCACACCACUGCUCGCAAAGUCAAACUUGAAGAGCUGAAUUGGGAUAAUUCUUUCGUUCGAGAACUUCCGGGUGACCCUAGGGCCGAUUCCAUCCCCAGGGAGGUGUUGCAUGCUUGCUAUACUAAAGUAUCUCCUUCAGUGGAGGUGGAGAACCCCCAACUUGUUGCAUGGUCAGAAUCCGUUGCAAAGCUUCUUGAAUUGGAUCCUAAAGAAUUUGAGAGGCCAGAUUUUCCGCUAUUCUUUUCUGGGGGAUCACCUUUAGUGGGAUCGAUGCCUUAUGCCCAGAACUAUGGCGGGCACCAAUUUGGAAUGUGGGCUGGCCAAUUAGGUGAUGGUCGUGCAAUAACUCUUGGAGAGGUACUCAACUCAAAGUCUGAGAGGUGGGAACUGCAGCUUAAAGGUGCUGGGAAGACACCAUAUAGCCGGUUUGCUGAUGGUCUGGCAGUGUUGCGUAGUAGUAUUCGAGAGUUCUUGUGCAGUGAAGCAAUGCAUAGCCUAGGCAUCCCAACAACACGUGCUCUAUGCCUUGUGUUAACUGGGAAAUAUGUCACUCGUGAUAUGUUUUAUGAUGGCAAUCCAAAGGAUGAACCGGGUGCAGUUGUUUGCAGAGUUGCUCGAUCAUUUUUGCGCUUUGGGUCGUACCAACUACAUGCUUCCAGAGGAAAGACGGAUCUUGACAUCGUCCGUACUUUGGCCGACUAUGCCAUUAGGCAUCACUUCCCGCAUCUAGAAAACAUGAGUAAGAGUGAAUGCAUAUCUUUCAGCACUGGUCAAGAGGAUGAUUCAGUAGUGGAUCUAACAUCAAACAAGUAUGCAGCAUGGGCAGUAGAAGUUGCAGAGCGUACAGCUUCAAUGAUAGCAGGUUGGCAGGGUGUUGGAUUCACCCAUGGAGUGAUGAAUACAGAUAACAUGAGUAUCCUGGGGCUCACUAUUGAUUAUGGUCCUUUUGGUUUCCUAGACGCUUUUGAUCCCAGUUUUACACCAAACACCACUGAUCUCCCUGGGAGGAGAUACUGUUUUGCUAAUCAGCCUGAUAUAGGGUUGUGGAAUAUUGCACAAUUUACAUCAUCACUAUCUGCUGCUGAGUUGAUAAACAACAAGGAGGCAAAUUAUGUCAUGGAAAGAUAUGGUAUCAAAUUUAUGGAUGACUAUCAAGCAAUCAUGACCAGGAAACUUGGUCUGCCAAAGUAUAAUAAGCAACUGAUAAGUGAUCUUCUAAAAAACAUGGCUGUUGACAAAGUUGAUUACACAAAUUUCUUUCGAUUGCUGUCUAAUAUUAAAGCAGAUUCUGCAAUCCCUGAACAACAGUUAUUGCUUCCCUUGAAGGCUGUUCUGUUGGAUAUAGGUAAAGAGCGCAAAGAGGCAUGGACAAGUUGGGUACAAGCGUACAUACAAGAGCUCUUAAGUGGAGGUAUUUCAGACGAGGAAAGGAAGUCCUCCAUGGAUUCAGUAAAUCCCAAGUAUGUCCUUAGAAACUACUUAUGCCAAAGUGCCAUAGAUGCGGCUGAGCAAGGUGAUUUUACAGAGGUCCGUCAACUCCUAAAGGUUAUGGAGAAUCCAUACAACGAACAACCGGGAAUGGAGAAAUAUGCUCGCUUGCCCCCAGCCUGGGCUUAUCGUCCUGGUGUAUGCAUGCUUUCAUGUUCUUCAUGAGCUGUCUUCAAUACCAAUUGAAGUUUGUUGUACUAAUAGCAAAUCCAGAAUCCGUUAUAGGGGAGUGACCUGUAGAACCUUGUAGCCAUUUAAUUUAUUUACUGUUUUUUUCCACGUACACCCCAGUUUUAAUUUGUUUGGCGAUAAACUUAUUGGGUGUAAUGCUUUUUACAUGACACUUUGUAUAGUAGAUUCCUCGGUCACAAAGGUCUUCAAAAUCAUGCGAGUUCUCAAUUGUCUUAUGGAGUUAUGGCUGAUGGUUAUAGACUUUAGUUAAGAAAUGUGCUACUCAUUAAGGGAAUUCAUUCUCACGGAUUGAGGGAACCAAAAAUAUUAAUAAAGAUUCUUUCAUGAGGCUA